AUGGUGGACAUUCUGGUCGCUGUGGUUGUCUUUCUGUGGAUAACGUAUUUGUGGGAAAAUUAUCUCUCAUACCGUCAGCUGAUCCUGUUGCUUGGUGGGAUUCCAUUUUUGUGGAGAGUUUCUGGAGUAUUGAUUUCCAAGUUUGGAUAUACAACUGAUUAUGAGAUCACCCAGUCUAUAGCAUUUCUCUUGCUUGGAAUGUUAUUUAGUACCAUCACUGAUCUUCCUUGGAGCCUUUAUAGCACAUUUGUUAUCGAAGAAAAGCAUGGAUUUAACAAGCAGACUCUUGGUUUCUUUUUCAAAGACCUUGUAAAGAAGCUUGCUGUCAUGCUGGUUAUAUCACUUCCCUUAGUUGCUGCAUUGCAGUUCAUCAUUAAGUGGGGAGGACAGUACUUCUUCAUUUACGCUUGGCUAUUUACACUUGUUGUCACCUUGGUUUUAGUGACUGUGUACAUGGACUACAUUGCUCCACUGUUUGACAAGUUCACUCUUCUUCCUGAAGGUGCCCUACGCACUGCAAUUGAACAGCUAGCAGCCAAGAUUUCAUUUCCCUUAACCAAGAUAUAUAUAGUGGAGGGCUCCAAGCGAUCAUCUCAUAGCAAUGCUUAUUUUUAUGGCUUCUUCAAGAACAAGAGGAUAGUGUUAUUUGAUACUUUACUGGCUGAUAAUCCUGUAAAAAAAGAAGGCAACGAAGGCGAGGAUGGAAAGGAAAAUGUUGAAAAUACGGAAAACGAGCAUGGGAAAUUUGAGGGAAAAGAGGAAAAUGAUGUUAAGGACGAGGUUGUCACUGAAGAUGAUGAGAUAAAAAAGGCUCCCAAAGGCUGCUCAAAUGACGAGAUAUUAGCGGUACUAGGACAUGAACUUGGUCACUGGUCACUCAGCCACACUCUUAAGAACCUUGGUAUUUCACAGGUGAAUACGUUCUUGUCGUUCAUGAUAUUCGGUCACCUGAUGCACAACAAGGUUUUGUUUGCUAGUUUUGGUUUCCCUGACUCUCAGCCCACAAUGAUCGGUUUGGUGAUUAUAUUCCAGUUCAUAUUUUCACCUUACAAUGAGCUUCUUGGGUUUCUGAUGACCGUCCUCAGCCGAAAGUUUGAAUUUCAAGCAGACGACUUUGCAAAGAGCCUUGGAUUUGCCACCUCCCUGCGCUCAUCCCUGAUAAAGCUCCACAAAGACAACCUUGGUUUUCCUGUGGCAGACAAACUGUAUUCUGCCUAUCACUACUCACACCCUCCACUGAUUGAACGACUCAGGGCCCUGGGAACUAAACAAGACUGAUGGAAGUGGCGUGUGUGUGCUCCAUAUAAAAACUACAGAAAAGACAGGGCUACCGUACAUAUUUUGUUUAAACCGCUUAAAUUUGUCUUUUCCCGCCUAUCCUUUCUUCUUUCCUUCUAUUUCGCGUCUGUUUAUGAGAUCCCUUUCCAAGUUUUACUGUUUCCUUUUGAGGAUCUGAAGAGAGCGAGAAAUGAACAGCCGUAACGUCGAAGCGUGGAGUCUCCAUAAGAUUUCGAGUAUUCGGGAGACUAUGAAGCGUUGUUUGGCAACGCUGUUUGCACGGUGGGUUUCCACGCCGCGCGAAGUAACCAGAACGUUAACGAAAAUCUGUCUGGAGCCGACCGAGGUUAUAAGACAGUUUAGCGCUAAUUGGUUAUAAAUUAACGAAUUUUAGUUGUGUUGUAGCUUUUAACGAACCAGUAAUCAGUUUCACGGCCACGUCCGACUGCAUUGGAGGAAUUAAAAGGUCCAAAGCUUUAACUUUAACUUUAACUUCUGGUCACUCUCGAACACCCUGCAGUAGUUUGAUUUUGGUCUGUUCCAAUGUGCCCAGACUUACUGAUUAUAUCCCCGCGAAAUGACAAACAAAGAUAUCCAUUACAUAGCAAAUUUAUACGAGAGUUCUUCACACUUUGAGAUCGAUUUUCGACACAUCUCCUGUGAAAGCAAAAGUUAUCAAGACUAG